GAUCGAGGUGUCGAAAACGUUGACGUAGCACGGCUAAUGAUAUCACGUCGUGGUGAGAAUAGAGGUAGUUUCAUUGCCGGGCGAAGUGUGCAUAACCAAAGGAUAGAACGGUUGUGGGCAGAAGUAAACCGGGUUCUUUCUGCUCUAUACGUUGGUGUCUUUAAAUUCAUGGAAAACGAAAACCUGUUAGAUCCGUUCAAUGAGCAUCAUCUAUUCGCCCUUCACUUCGUUUUCAAACCACGUGUAAGUGCGUCACUUUCGGAAUUCAGGGAGCAAUGGAACCAUCAUGGACUAAGGACUGCCGGUCACCAAACCCCCAUGACACUUUGGCAAACGAACAUGAUUCCUGUUGCAGAUGAAUCUCCUAUUGUUAACUUUGAAGAAUAUGGUCUAGAUUCAAAUGGCCCAGUUCCAGACGUCGAUACAGAUAAUUAUGUUGUGGUACCUGAAAACAUACUGCAGCUGACGGAAGAACAACUGGAGCUUCUAUGUAGUGAAGUCAACCCCUUAAGCGAUGACGGCAAUUAUGGAAUCAAUCACUUCAUACAAACACUUGAUAUUGUCAACACAUUUUAUGUUCAGUGAUUGAACUAAUUUAUGAUCAAAAAUCGAGGUAAAUAACAAAUAUAAAUAGAGGAUGCAUCGAUCAUAUACUUGAAGCAAUGUCAGCAAUGUUACCGCGUGUGAAUGUGCAUUAAUUAUUUAGGUUAGCACUAUUUUCCACCCAGCAAACCGUCCUUUAC